AUGUCCAACUACUACCCCCAGCAGCCCCAGCAGGCCUACUACGGCCCUCCUCAGGGUCAGUACGGUCCUCCUCAAGGACAGUACGGUGCUCCUCCUCAGGGCCAGUACUACCCUCCCCAACAACAAAUGGGCUACCAGCAAGGACCUCCCCCAUGCAGCAAGCACCCCAGAAGAAGGAUCGCGGAUGCUUGGCUUCCUGCUUGGCAGUUCUGUGCUGUUGUUUCGUCUGCGAGGAGGGUUGCGAGUGCUGCGCCGACUGCUGCGAAUGCGCCGAAGACUGCUGCUAAACGCACGUCAACAAUGUAG